AUUCUAAAUUCAAGUCCGGGCUGCUCGGGCGCCGGACUUAUUCGAAAAUCUUUGAAUUUUUGAAAUCCGAACCCCCGAUUCCGACUGGAAAGGCCACCUAUAGAAAAUAAAUAAAUAAAUAAGUACAAUUUGUGUGUAACUCAUACGGAGUCUGGACAAAAUUGAUUUGAUUCCGUUGUGUGUAGUGAAAAUGUGUGAACAGUGUGUCCAGCGCUAAAUUUUUUUUACGGAUUUUUCGUGCGUUCAAUGCGCAUGUGUUAUGCAUUUGAAGAGGACCAGUAAUGUGUUAGGAGACUACAGAAAUUGAUAAAACUCGGACAUAAUGGCGGAAGCGGAAGGAGGAGCGAGCGAGCAAGAUGAUGUUUCAUUUUUGCGUACGGAAGACAUGGUGUGCCUGUCGUGCACGGCGACGGGCGAGCGUGUCUGCCUUGCUGCUGAGGGCUUCGGCAACCGACACUGCUUCCUGGAGAAUAUAGCUGAUAAGAACAUACCACCCGAUCUGUCUCAGUGCGUGUUUGUCAUUGAACAGGCGCUGUCGGUGAGAGCUCUCCAAGAAUUGGUGACGGCUGCCGGUUCCGAAACUGGUAAGGGUACUGGUUCUGGUCACAGGACUUUGUUAUACGGCAAUGCCAUAUUGUUGCGACAUCUCAACAGUGACAUGUACCUUGCAUGUCUAUCCACGUCAUCGUCUCAAGAUAAGCUGGCCUUCGAUGUGGGUCUUCAAGAGCAUUCCCAAGGAGAGGCCUGUUGGUGGACUCUGCACCCCGCCAGUAAACAAAGGUCUGAGGGUGAAAAAGUGCGAGUUGGUGAUGACCUGAUUCUGGUGUCAGUAGCUACCGAGAGAUAUUUGCACACAACAAAAGAAAACGAAGUAUCGAUUGUAAACGCGUCGUUCCACGUGACUCAUUGGUCGGUGCAGCCGUACGGAACAGGUAUCUCGCGCAUGAAGUACGUGGGCUACGUAUUUGGGGGGGACGUGCUUAGAUUCUUCCACGGAGGAGACGAGUGCCUCACCAUACCCAGCACGUGGACUAAAGAAGGGGGGUUGAACAUCGUGGUGUACGAAGGCGGGUCAGUGAUGUCGCAGGCGCGCUCGCUGUGGCGGCUAGAGCUGGCCCGCACGAAGUGGGCGGGCGGGUUCAUCAACUGGUACCACCCCAUGAGGAUCCGGCACAUCACCACCGGCCGGUAUCUGGGGGUCAAUGACCAGAACGAGCUCUAUUUGGUCAGCAGAGAGGAGGCCACAACAGCAUCAUGCGCCUUCUGUCUCCGACAAGAGAAAGACGACCAGAAAGUGGUGCUUGAAGAUAAGGACCUCGAAGUAAUUGGAGCGCCCAUCAUCAAGUACGGCGAUUCAACUGUCAUCGUGCAGCAUUCAGAGACUGGGCUGUGGCUCUCUUAUAAGUCAUACGAGACAAAGAAGAAAGGCGUUGGCAAGGUGGAAGAGAAGCAGGCAAUACUCCACGAGGAAGGCAAGAUGGACGACGGACUGGACUUCUCAAGGUCGCAGGAAGAAGAGUCCAGAACCGCCCGAGUUAUUAGAAAAUGUUCUUCUCUCUUCACCAAGUUUAUCAACGGCCUUGAAACCCUGCAAGAGAACCGUCGCCACUCCAUGUUCUUCGCGUCGGUCAACCUGGGCGAGAUGGUCAUGUGUCUGGAGGAUCUGAUCAACUACUUCGCACAGCCUGACGAAGAUAUGGAACACGAAGAGAAACAGAACAAAUUCCGCGCGCUCCGCAACCGCCAAGACUUGUUCCAAGAGGAAGGCAUUCUGAAUCUCAUUCUAGAAGCCAUAGACAAGAUCAACGUCAUCACCUCCCAGGGUUUCCUCGCCGGAUUCUUGGCGGGGGACGAGUCUGGACAAAGUUGGGAAAUGAUUUCUGGAUAUCUAUAUCAACUGCUUGCGGCCAUAAUCAAAGGCAACCACACGAACUGCGCUCAGUUCGCGAACUCCAACCGCCUGAACUGGCUGUUCUCCCGCCUCGGGUCGCAGGCGUCGGGCGAGGGCACCGGCAUGCUGGACGUGCUGCACUGCGUGCUCAUCGACUCGCCUGAGGCGCUCAACAUGAUGCGGGACGAACACAUAAAAGUCAUCAUUUCCCUCUUAGAAAAGCACGGUCGAGACCCGAAAGUCCUAGACGUACUGUGUUCUCUUUGCGUCGGUAAUGGAGUGGCUGUGAGGUCCUCACAGAAUAACAUCUGCGAUUAUUUGUUACCUGGGAAGAAUUUGUUGCUACAGACACAAUUAGUUGAUCACGUGUCCAGUGUUCGGCCAAACAUCUUCGUGGGCCGCGUGGAAGGGUCCGCGGUGUACCAGAAAUGGUACUUCGAAGUGACCAUGGACCACAUCGAGAGGACCACGCACAUGAUGCCGCAUCUCCGCAUCGGAUGGGCCAACACUACCGGGUAUGUCCCAUACCCCGGUGGCGGUGAGAAGUGGGGGGGUAACGGAGUGGGGGAUGACCUGUACUCGUUCGGGUUCGAUGGCACUUACCUUUGGGCUGGGGGGAGGAAAACUGUAGUCCACGCGGCCGGCGCGUUGCACACUGAAGAGCCUUAUAUCCGAAAAAGUGACGUAAUCGGCUGCGCCUUAGACCUGACAGUGCCAAUCAUCAACUUUAUGUUUAAUGGCGUCCGGGUGACAGGGUCCUUCACCAACUUCAACCUGGAGGGCAUGUUCUUCCCCGUUAUCAGCUGCUCCAGCAAGCUGAGUUGUCGUUUCCUUCUCGGCGGCGAACACGGCCGCCUGCGCUACGCAGCACCAGAAGGAUAUUCCCCGCUGGUGGAGUCAUUACUCCCGCAACAAGUACUGAACCUGGAACCAUGCUUCUACUUCGGCAACCUCGCGAAACGAGCCUUAGCCGGGCCGCCAUUGGUUCAAGACGAUACGGCGUUUGUGCCAACGCCUGUUGACACUGUUUCUAUUACGCUGCCGACUUAUGUUGAGCAGAUUCGUGACAAAUUGGCCGAGAAUAUUCAUGAAAUGUGGGCCAUGAAUAAGAUCGAAGCAGGAUGGAUGUACGGCGAUCAACGUGAGGAUUUGCAUAAGAUUCACCCGUGUCUAGUGCCGUUUGAACGUUUGCCACCCGCGGAGAAAAGAUACGAUAUUCAGCUGGCUGUACAAACACUUAAAACUAUCUUGGCACUUGGUUACUACAUCAGCUUGGAUAAACCACCAGCACGUAUUCGUAACGUCCGUCUACCCAAUGAGCCCUUUAUGCAAUCGAACGGUUACAAGCCAGCACCAUUGGACUUGAGUGCUGUUACCCUAACACCGAAAAUGGACGAGUUGGUCGAUCAGUUGGCGGAGAACACACACAACUUGUGGGCGAGGGAGCGCAUUCAGCAAGGAUGGACUUACGGUUUGAAUGAGGAUCCCGAUAUGCACAGAUCUCCCCACCUAGUUCCGUACCCGAAGGUGGACGAGGCUAUAAAGAAGGCCAACAGGGACACAGCGUCCGAGACUGUUAGGACCCUCCUGGUUUAUGGAUACAAUCUGGAUCCGCCCACUGGCGAGCAGCAUGAAGCAUUACUAGCCGAAGCGUCGAAGCAAAAGCAAGCUGACUUCAGAACUUACCGCGCGGAGAAAAAUUACGCCGUCAGCUCGGGGAAGUGGUACUUCGAGUUCGAGAUACUCACCGCUGGUCCCAUGAGAGUCGGCUGGGCGCACGCUGACAUGGCGCCUGGUAUGAUGCUCGGACAAGACGAAAACUCUUGGGCAUUCGACGGUUACAAUGAGGAAAAGGUGUACAGCGGUAGUUCGGAAUCUUUCGGCAAGCAAUGGGCCGUUGGCGAUGUUGUGGGCGUAUUCCUCGAUCUGAUAGAUAAGACGAUAAGUUUCUCUCUAAACGGGGAGCUGCUUAUGGACGCUCUAGGCGGGGAGACAACCUUCGCGGAUGUCCAAGGAGACAACUUCGUACCAGCCUGCACGUUAGGCGUGGGACAGAAGGCUAGACUCACGUACGGUCAAGAUGUCAACACUCUGAAAUAUUUCACCACAUGUGGUCUGCAAGAAGGCUACGAACCAUUCUGCGUCAACAUGAAGCGUGACGUCACCCAUUGGUACACGAAGGACCAGCCAAUCUUCGAGAACACAGACGAAAUGGCCGAUACCAGAAUUGACGUUACUAGGAUCCCCGCUGGCUCAGACACGCCGCCAUGUUUGAAGAUAUCUCACAACACAUUCGAGACCAUGGAGAAGGCCAAUUGGGAGUUCCUCCGUCUGUCCUUACCUGUCAUCUGUCAUCAGGAGUUUAUUGACGAAGCAGAGAAGGCCCGUCGUUGGGUAGAGAUCAAAGAUCGACAACAAAUUCUGAUGAAGGAGGCGACCGAGGCUCAAAUGCCAGCGCAUAUUGACCAAAUCAUGCGCAGUGGGUUCACUAUGAAUGACAUCAAAGGUCUCCACUACGAAGAGAACGAAGAAGUCCCCAGCUCAAAGAUGAAGAGGCAACCGUCCAGACCUCCGAGGAAGGGGUCAAUGACCAGAGGCGUCACUAUACAAAAUUAUAAUUUGCAGCCAGGUCAAGUGAACGGUAUGCAUCGUUCCACCAGUGAGGCGGAAAUGUCCAAAUACGAAUUGGGAGUGCAAAACCUACCUGAUGAUAAGAAAGACAAGAGGGGGAAGUCUCCUUUCAAAUUCUUCAAGAGCAAACGCGGCGAGAGUGGUGACAGGUCCAAAUCUCGCAAAUCCAAAACACCUGAUCCAUUUAGCGACACGGAAGUUUCUCCAGACAGGGGCAUGAGAAGACCUAACCCACAAAUCAGAGUCUCACAGGCGAAUCAAAGAUAUAACGACAUGCAACCGAGAGUUAGCAAGCCAAAUCUUUACGAGUAUGACAGUCAGAAUGGUUUGAACACGAACCUAACUAUGCAGACGCCGACACAAGACCGUAAACAAAUGACGACCAACACGCUAGCCGCCGCCACAACAGAGACCGUCGGCAAUGAGAUAUUCGACGCUGAAUGCUUGAAACUCAUCAACGAAUACUUUUACGGUGUCAGGAUUUUCCCCGGUCAAGACCCGACGCACGUGUACAUAGGAUGGGUGACCACACAAUACCAUCUUCACUCCAAGGACUUCAACCAGAAUAAAGUUAUGAAGUCAUCAGUCAUUAUCACCGAUGAUUACGAUAGAGUUAUUGAGAGUGUGAAUCGCCAAUCAUGCUACAUGGUUCGUGCCGACGAGCUGUACAAUGAAGUGAUGGCCGAAGCGACUGGUAAAGGAGCUUCGCAGGGCAUGUUCAUUGGUUGUUCUGUGGAUACUUCAACUGGCACAGUGACUUUUACCUGUGAGGGGAAGGAUACUAGCAUUAAAUUCAAGAUGGAGCCAGAAACUAAAUUGUUCCCGGCGAUAUUCGUCGAAGCUACUUCUAAGGAAAUACUGCAAAUAGAAUUAGGUCGUUCUCCCACCAGCUUACCUUUGAGCGCUGCGGUACUACCAACCAGCGACAAACACGUCAUACCACAGUUCCCGCCAAGAUUGAAAGUGCAGUGUUUGAAACCCCACCAGUGGGCCAGGGUGCCCAAUCAAUCUCUGCAAGUUCAUGCGCUGAAACUAUCCGACAUCAGAGGGUGGUCCAUGCUUUGUGAGGACGCCGUAUCCAUGCUGGCCUUACAUAUACCAGAGGAGGACCGUUGCAUAGACAUUUUGGAAUUGAUCGAAAUGGACAAGUUGCUCAGUUUCCAUUCUCACACACUCACUUUAUAUGCUGCGUUAUGUUACCAAAGCAAUUAUAGAGCGGCUCACGCGUUAUGCCAGCACGUGGACCAAAAACAGUUAUUAUACGCGAUACAAUCGCAAUAUAUGUCCGGUCCGCUCCGGCAAGGAUUCUACGAUCUACUGAUAGCAUUACAUCUAGAAUCUCACGCCACCACCAUGGAAACAUGCAAGAACGAGUUCGUUAUACCCCUGGGCCCGGAGCUGAAGUCCCUAUACGAGGACCCCGAGAUGCAACACAGCUUGAGAUCGUUGCAGACCGAGAGUGUGAGGCCGCAGAUGAAGAUGACAGAUAUCGCUGAGAGCAUAACAGAGAUCAGCAACCUGUACUCCCCAUACUUCCCGCUGGAAGUUGUCCGCGAGUUCGUCAUGCAGGCGUUGGCCGAAGCCGUGGAGACCAAUCAGGUCCACAACCGGGACCCUGUGGGGGGCAGCAAUGAGAACCUAUUCCUCCCGCUGAUCAAACUCGUUGACCGGCUGCUGCUGGUGGGCAUGAUGAGAGAUGAAGACGUGGAGAAACUGCUCAUCAUGACCAACCCGGAGACCUGGGACCCCACCUUUGAUAAAGAGGGCAAAGACGAGCAUCGAAAGGGUUUACUCCACAUGAAAAUGGCGGAAGGCGCGAAACUACAAAUGUGCUAUCUUCUACAACAUCUCAACGACAUCCAGCUGAGACACAGGGUGGAAGCCAUCAUUGCUUUCGCUCACGAUUUCGUCGGCGACCUACAGACUGAUCAGUUGAGACGUUACAUAGAAAUCAAACAGUCGGACUUACCCAGCGCGGUCGCCGCCAAAAAGACGAGGGAAUACCGUUGUCCACCCAGGGAGCAAAUGAACGCUAUUCUCAGUUUCAAGCACAUGGAAGAAUCGGAAGACAAGGAGAACUGGCCGUGCGGAGAAGACCUCAUCCUGAGGAUGAACGACUUCCACUGCGGCCUCAUGUCGCACGUGUCUCUCACGGCGCUACAGGAGCCCGACGGAGACGAGUCAGCUGAGCCCGAAGCAAAGCCGGGUGCAUUCGGGAAGAUAUACAACAUUAUAAACACCGUCAAAGAACUGGAGGAAGAGCCCAAAGCUAUAGAAGAACCCCCGAGGAAAACACCUGAAGAGAAAUUCCGAAAAGUACUGAUUCAGACGAUAGUCACUUGGGCCGAGGAGUCACAGAUCGAAACUCCUAAACUUGUCCGCGAGAUGUUCAGUCUCCUAGUCCGCCAAUACGACGCCAUAGGGGAGCUGAUUCGUGCCCUAGAGAAGACAUACGUCAUCAACGCUAAGACAAAACUGGAUGUGGCCGAAAUGUGGGUCGGACUGAGUCAGAUCAGAGCCUUGCUGCCCGUGCAGAUGAGUCAGGAAGAGGAGGAGUUGAUGAGGAAGAGAUUGUGGAAACUCGUCAACAACCAUACAUUCUUCCAGCAUCCCGAUCUGAUUCGAGUCCUCCGCGUGCACGAGAACGUGAUGGCGGUGAUGAUGAACACGCUCGGGCGGCGUGCGCAGGCGCAGUGUGACGCCGCGCCCGCCGGCCCGCCCGCCGCCGUGGACAAGGAGAAGGAUACAUCCCACGAAAUGGUAGUGGCUUGUUGUCGCUUCCUCUGCUACUUCUGUCGCACGGGAAGACAGAAUCAAAAGGCAAUGUUCGACCAUUUCGACUUCCUGUUGGAAAACUCUAACAUUCUACUCUCUCGGCCUUCGUUGAGAGGAUCUACGCCACUAGAUGUCGCCUAUUCUAGUCUCAUGGAGAACACUGAAUUGGCUUUGGCUUUGAGGGAACACUAUUUGGAAAAGAUAGCAGUGUACCUCUCCCGUUGUGGUCUCCAAAGCAACUCGGAGCUGGUGGAGAAGGGGUAUCCUGACCUGGGCUGGGACCCCGUGGAAGGUGAAAGAUAUUUGGACUUCCUGAGGUUCUGUGUUUGGGUAAACGGCGAGAGCGUCGAAGAGAACGCCAACUUAGUAAUCCGUCUGUUGAUCCGAAGACCAGAGUGCCUCGGGCCGGCGCUGAGGGGGGAGGGGGAGGGGCUGCUCAAGGCGAUCGUGGAUGCCAACAAGAUGAGCGAGAGGAUCGCCGACAGGAGGAAACUGAGGGAGAUGGAGCAACAGGGUGAUGUUAACUUCAGUCACCCCUUGCCGGAAUCCGAUGACGAUGAAGACUACAUCGACACCGGAGCAGCUAUAUUGAAUUUCUAUUGUACUCUCGUCGAUCUGCUUGGACGAUGCGCGCCUGACGCCGCUGUUAUUGCCCUUGGCAAGAACGAGUCGCUCCGAGCGCGCGCCAUCUUGCGGUCUCUAGUACCACUGGAGGACCUACAGGGGGUCCUCAGUUUGAGGUUCACGCUCAACAACCCCGCAGCUGGCGAGGAGAGGCCCAAGUCUGAUAUGCCCUCGGGCCUAAUCCCCGGUCACAAGCAAAGCGUGGGUCUGUUUCUGGAGAGAGUGUACGGUAUCGAAACACAGGAGUUGUUCUACAGAUUGCUCGAAGAAGCCUUCCUGCCUGAUUUGAGAGCGGCCACUAUGCUUGACAGGAAUGACGGCUGUGAGUCGGACAUGGCUUUGUCUAUGAACCGCUACAUCGGCAACUCUAUCUUGCCUCUGCUCAUCAAACAUGCAAACUUCUAUAAUGAGGCAGAAAACUAUGCCAGCCUUCUCGAUGCCACUCUACAUACUGUCUAUAGGCUUUCGAAAAACCGCAUGUUGACCAAAGGCCAAAGGGAAGCAGUUUCCGAUUUCCUCGUCGCGCUGACAUCAGCCAUGCAACCCUCUAUGUUGUUAAAAUUGUUAAGGAAACUCACUGUUGACGUGUCCCGAUUGUCCGAGUACACUACUGUGGCUUUGAGGCUCCUCACUCUCCACUACGAACGUUGUGCCAAAUACUACGGCAGUACUUCAGGACAAGGGAUCUACGGCGCUUCGUCCGACGAAGAGAAACGAUUGACCAUGAUGUUGUUCUCAAACAUAUUCGAUUCCUUGAGCAAGAUGGACUACGAACCAGAACUGUUUGGGAAGGCCUUGCCUUGCCUUAUCGCUAUAGGAUGUGCGUUGCCUCCAGAUUAUUCUCUAUCGAAGAACUACGAUGACGAGUUUUAUGGAAAAGAAAACCAAUGUACAGGUGGUCCAGACAAUCCCCAAUACGACCCACAGCCCAUCAACACAUCGUCUGUAGCCCUCAACAACGACCUAAACACUAUCGUGCAGAAGUUCUCGGAACAUUAUCACGACGCGUGGGCUUCCAGGAAAAUCGAGUUCGGAUGGGUGUACGGUGAAUCUUGGUCUGACAGUCAAAAGUCGCAUCCCAGGCUCAAACCUUACAAUAUGCUGAAUGAUUAUGAAAAGGAACGUUACAAGGAGCCAGUCCGGGAGUCUCUAAAGGCUCUGCUGGCCAUCGGCUGGUCCGUGGAGCACUCGGAGGUUGACGUGCCCACCACCAACCGCAGCUCCAUGCGGCGACAGUCCAAAUCUCGCGCCCCUGAAGUUGUGACUGACUCUGCGACACCCUUCAACUACAACCCACAUCCAGUGGACAUGACCAACCUGACACUCUCCCGCGAGAUGCAAAACAUGGCCGAGCGGUUGGCUGAAAACGCCCAUGAUAUUUGGGCUAAGAAGAAGAAGGAAGAAUUACUAACCAAUGGAGGUGGCAUUCAUCCCCAACUAGUGCCAUACGACCUCUUAACCGACAAAGAGAAGAAGAAGGAUCGAGAACGUUCUCAAGAAUUUCUCAAAUAUCUCCAAUACCAGGGCUACAAACUGCACAGGCCCAGCAAAGCGACCCAGAGUGACACGGAACAGACCACUACGGGCGUGGCAAUAGAGCUCAGAUUCGCUUACUCUUUGCUGGAGAAGUUGAUCCAGUAUAUAGAUAGAGCGACUAUCAAUAUGAAACUGUUGAAGCCGUCCACCACUUUCAGUAGAAGGACCAGUUUUAAAACUAGUACGAGAGAUAUUAAGUUCUUUUCUAAGGUGGUACUUCCCCUCAUGGAGAAGUACUUCUCGACCCAUCGUAACUACUUCAUAGCAGUGGCUACGGCGACCAAUAACGUGGGAGCGGCCAGUUUGAAAGAGAAGGAAAUGGUCGCCGCCUUGUUCUGUAAGCUGGCCAGUUUGUUGAGAUCCAGGUUGGCAGCAUUCGGUCCAGACGUGCGCAUAACAGUCCGCUGUCUCCAAGUGCUGGUGAAGGGCAUCGACGCCAAAUCCCUGGUGAAGAACUGCCCGGAGUUCAUCCGCACCUCAAUGCUGACGUUCUUCAACAACGUCGCUGACGACCUCGGACACACUAUUCUCAAUUUACAGGAGGGUAAAUACGCGCACCUGCGAGGCACACAUCUGAAGACGUCGACAUCACUGGGAUACAUCAACGGAGUGCUACUACCAAUACUCACGGCCAAGUUCGACCAUCUGGCCAAUUGCGAGUAUGGCGCAGAUCUGCUACUGGACGAAAUCCAAGUGGCUUCAUACAAGAUGCUGGGUUCGCUGUAUGCUCUCGGCACCGACGCGGCUCUUACACACGAGAGGAAAUAUCUGAAGACGGAAAUUGAGAGGAAUAAACCGGCUUUGGGUUCCUGCCUCGGCGCGUUCAGUUCCACGUUCCCUGUGGCGUUCUUGGAGCCACAUCUGAACAAACACAAUCAGUUCUCAUUGCUGAACAGGAUUGCUGAUCAUUCCUUGGAGGCCCAAGAUAUAAUGGCAAAAAUGGAACAGUCUAUGCCCACCCUGGAGACUAUAUUAGGCGAGGUGGACCAGUUCGUGGAAUCGGAUAAGACGUACAGCGAAGCACCCCACAUCAUCGACGUGGUGUUGCCCUUACUCUGCUCUUACUUGCCCUUCUGGUGGGCGCAGGGGCCGGACAACGUUACCCCUACUGCUGGUAACCACGUAACAAUGGUGACAGCGGAACACAUGAACCAGCUUCUAAAAAACGUCCUCAAGUUGAUCAAGAAAAACAUCGGCAACGAAAAUGCGCCGUGGAUGACCCGAAUCGCAACAUACACACAGCAGAUUAUCAUCAACAGCUCCGAGGAGCUGCUGAGAGACUCCUUUUUGCCUCUUGCUGAGAGAGUGAGAAAGAGAACCGAUACUAUGUUCCAUAAGGAGGAGAGCUUGAGAGGAUUUAUUAAGUCAUCAACGGACGACACCUCGCAAGUGGAGUCGCAAAUCCAGGAAGACUGGCAACUGUUGGUGCGAGACAUCUACUCAUUCUACCCGCUGCUUAUCAAGUACGUCGACCUGCAGAGAAAUCAUUGGCUGAGGAACAAUGUGCCAGAGGCGGAAGAAUUAUACAACCACGUGGCCGAGAUAUUCAACAUCUGGUCCAAGAGUCAGUACUUCCUCAAAGAGGAGCAGAACUUCAUAUCGGCAAACGAGAUCGACAACAUGGUGCUGAUCAUGCCGACUGCUACGAGAAGAGUGACCACAGUCGUCGAUGGGGCCCCACAGGGCGGUGGAAAGAAAAAGAAGAAACAUCGCGACAAGAAACGCGACAAAGACAAGGAAGUGCAAGCUUCGUUAAUGGUGGCCUGCCUCAAGAGGCUGUUGCCGGUCGGCCUCAACCUGUUCGCGGGCAGAGAACAGGAGCUGGUGCAGCAUUGCAAGGACAGGUUCCUCAAAAAAAUGUCGGAACAAGACGUGUCUGAAUUUGCCAAAACGCAACUCACUCUGCCCGACAAAAUCGACCCCGCGGACGAAAUGUCUUGGCAGCACUACUUGUACAGCAAGUUAGGUUCUAAAAGCAAGACGAACAUCACAGUGGAAACAGCAGAGAACAAAGCGAAGAUCAUAGACGAUACGGUGGAGAGGAUUGUGGCUAUGAGCAAAGUGCUUUUUGGAUUGCAUAUGAUCGACCACCCGCAACAAAUGAGUAAGAACGUAUACCGAUCCGUCGUCUCCAUUCAGAGGAAGAGAGCUGUCAUAGCUUGCUUCAGACAUCUACCCCUUCAUUCUCUGCCAAGGCAUCGAGCAUGCAAUAUAUUUUCAAGAACGUAUUACGAGUUGUGGCUUGAAGAAGAAAAUAUUGGGCAAGAGGUCAUGAUAGAAGAUUUGACGCAAUCGUUCGAAGACGCGGAGUUGAAAAAGAGUGAUGUGGUGGAAGAAGAAGGGAAACCUGACCCUCUCACACAACUGGUGACAACAUUUUGCCGAGGGGCCAUGACGGAGCGGUCCGGAGCAUUACAGGAAGAUCCGCUGUAUAUGUCGUACGCGCACAUAAUAGCAAAAUCUUGCGGCGAGGAAGAAGAGGAAGGCGGUGGUGAAGAAGAAGAGGGCGGCGGUGAAGGGGGAGGGGAAGGUGGGGAGGAUGAGGGCAGCACUAGUAUACACGAACAAGAAAUGGAGAAACAAAAGCUGCUGUUCCACCAAGCUCGGCUCGCGGACCGCGGCGUGGCUGAAAUGGUGCUGCUCCACAUAUCCGCGUCCAAGGGCGUGCCCAGUGAGAUGGUCAUGAAGACGCUGCAGCUCGGCAUUUCUAUAUUGAGGGGCGGCAACAUCGGCAUCCAGAUGGGUAUGCUUAACCACCUGAAGGACAAGAAAGACGUGGGCUUCUUCACGUCCAUCGCUGGACUCAUGAACUCUUGUUCCGUACUGGAUCUAGACGCGUUUGAGAGGAACACAAAGGCAGAAGGUCUGGGCGUGGGUCUAGAGGGCGCGGCCGGCGAGAAGAAUAUGCACGAUGCAGAGUUCACGUGCGCUCUGUUCAGAUUCAUACAACUCACCUGCGAGGGACACAACUUGGAAUGGCAGAAUUAUUUAAGAACUCAAGCUGGCAACACUACGACGGUAAACGUCGUCAUAUGCACCGUGGAUUAUCUGUUGAGACUCCAGGAGUCCAUCAUGGACUUCUACUGGCAUUACUCCAGCAAGGAGCUGAUCGACCCCGCGGGCAAAGCGAACUUCUUCAAGGCCAUAGAAGUAGCGUCCCAGGUGUUCAACACCCUCACUGAGGUCAUCCAGGGCCCCUGUACUCAGAACCAACAGGCUUUGGCGCAUUCCAGAUUGUGGGACGCUGUGGGCGGGUUCCUGUUCCUGUUCUCGCACAUGCAGGACAAGUUGUCGAAGCAUUCGUCCCAAGUGGACUUGCUCAAGGAGCUGCUGAAUUUGCAGAAAGACAUGAUUACUAUGAUGCUGUCCAUGUUGGAGGGUAACGUGGUCAACGGCACGAUCGGCAAGCAGAUGGUGGACACUCUAGUGGAAUCUGCGUCGAACGUAGAACUAAUCCUGAAAUACUUCGAUAUGUUCUUGAAGCUGAAAGACCUCACGUCCAGCGCUAGUUUCCAGGAGAUUGACGCGAACAGCGACGGCUGGGUGCUGCCCAAGGACUUCAAGGACAAGAUGGAGCAGCAGAAGAGUUACACUCCGGAAGAAAUAGAGUUCCUGCUGGCGUGCUGCGAGACGAACCACGACGGCAAGCUGGACUACGUGGGGUUCUGCGAGCGCUUCCACGAGCCCGCCAAGGAGAUCGGCUUCAACCUCGCCGUGCUGCUCACCAACCUCUCCGAGCACAUGCCCAACGAGCCCAGACUGGCCCGGUUCCUGGAGACGGCGGGGUCGGUGCUGAACUACUUCGAGCCGUUCCUGGGCCGCAUCGAGAUCAUGGGCGGCGCCAAGCGCAUCGAGCGCGUCUACUUCGAGAUCAAGGAGUCCAACAUCGAGCAGUGGGAGAAGCCGCAGAUCAAGGAGUCGAAGCGCGCGUUCUUCUACAGCAUAGUAACGGAGGGCGGGGACAAAGAGAAGCUGGAAGCGUUCGUGAACUUCUGCGAGGACGCCAUCUUCGAGAUGACGCACGCGUCCAGCCUCAUGGCUGCGUCCGAGGACAGCGGCGGCGGCGUCAAGAACAGGGAGGCGCGCUACAAUAUGUACAUGGGAGACGAUGAGGACGAAAAAGCUGACAAGAAUCCCUUCCGUCGCGGUUACCAAGCCAUCAAAGACGGCCUGUCCACGGCAUUCUCAUCCUUAUCACCAUCGAACAUAAAGGCGAAAAUGGCGGACCUCCAGCAAAUGCCGCCGGCCGAACUAGCGGUGGGCUUCUUCAAAAUGUUCUUCUACAUGUUCUACUAUUUGGGUUACGGUGUGUUGGUCGUCAUUAGGUACAUAUUUGGCGUACUCCUCGGCCUGAUGCGAGGUCCUCAGGUGGAGGAGGUGCCCCCCGAGCCCACUGAAGAGGAGAAAAUCGGUCAGUUGAGACACAGGUUGCUCGCGUCGCAAAGUCCGACGCGCCAUCUACCGGCGUUGCCGGCCGCGGACGAUACAGGACAGAUGCAAGUGCAAGCUUUCGGUCUGGACAUCACCAAAGAAGAGAGCGGACAAAUACAAGUGAAACCUCACGAGUCGCCCAGCACAUCGACUCCAUCUUCAGGCGAGGAGGCCGAAGUCUCUUUGGAUGAAGGCGCUGAGCAUGCUGAGGAACACAAACCACCUUCUCUUAUAGAUCUGCUGGGAGGAGAACAAGCCAAGAAACAAGCGCAGGAGCGUAUGGAGGCGCAAGCGGCGCAGCAAGCGGCGAUGUCCGCCAUCGAGGCUGAGAGCAAGAAGGCAGUGCAAGUCCCAGCCCCCACGGCCUUGUCGCAAGUGGACUUGUCCGUGUACACCCGCCGCUGCGUCUCCUUCCUCGCGCGUAACUUCUACAAUCUGAAGUAUGUCGCGCUUGUUCUGGCUUUCUGCAUCAACUUCGUGCUGCUCUUCUAUAAGGUAUCGACCCUGGACGAGGACGGUGACGGCGAGGGAUCAGGUUUAGGAGACAUUAUCGGCGGCUCCGGCUCUGGACAAGGGUCAGGCAGUGGCGACGGUGGCUCUGGCGAAUCGGGUGAAGUCGACGACGGAUUGGAAGUGGUUCACAUAGACGAGGAUUUCUUCUACAUGGAACACGUGAUCAAGGUGGCAGCCGUCCUGCACUCCAUAGUGUCGCUCGCCAUCUUGAUCGGGUAUUAUCAUCUAAAGGUCCCGCUAGCCAUCUUCAAGCGCGAGAAAGAGAUAGCAAGACGGCUAGAGUUCGACGGUCUCUACAUCGCGGAACAGCCGGAGGACGAUGACCUCAAGAGCCACUGGGACAAACUGGUUAUUUCUGCUAAGUCGUUUCCGGUGAACUACUGGGACAAGUUCGUGAAGAAGAAAGUUCGUGCCAAGUACUCUGAGACCUACGACUUUGACAGCAUUUCCAACAUGCUGGGCAUGGAGAAGACGUCGUUUUCUGCCCAAGAAGAGGAAGGGAGCAAAGGCCUUGUCCAUUACAUUCUGAACAUUGACUGGCGCUACCAAGUGUGGAAGGCGGGUGUGACGAUCACAGACAACUCAUUCCUCUACUCUCUGUGGUACUUCUCAUUCUCCGUCAUGGGGAACUUCAACAACUUCUUCUUCGCUGCACAUCUGCUAGAUGUCGCUGUUGGGUUCAAAACCCUGAGGACCAUUCUGCAGUCUGUCACGCACAACGGAAAACAGCUGGUCCUAACUGUAAUGUUGCUGACCAUCAUAGUGUAUAUCUACACGGUGAUCGCGUUCAAUUUCUUCAGAAAGUUCUACGUCCAGGAGGAGGACGAUGAGGUCAACAAGAACUGCCACGAUAUGUUGUCUUGUUUCGUGUUCAACUUGUACAAGGGAGUGCGCGCGGGCGGCGGCAUCGGCGACGAGCUGGAGCCUCCGGACGGCGACGACUCGGAAGUCUACCGCAUCAUCUUCGAUAUAUCCUUCUUCUUCUUCAUCAUCGUCAUCCUGCUCGCCAUCCUGCAGGGUCUGAUCAUCGACGCAUUCGGAGAGCUCCGCGACCAGCUUGAGUCCGUGAAGGAGGACAUGGAGUCCAACUGCUUCAUAUGCGGCAUCAACAAGGACUACUUCGAUAAGGUGCCGCACGGGUUCGACACGCACGUGCAGAGAGAACACAAUUUGGCGAACUACAUGUUCUUCCUCAUGCAUCUUAUCAAUAAACCCGAUACAGAGUACACAGGUCAGGAGACUUUUGUAUGGAACAUGUACACACAGCGGUGCUGGGACUUCUUCCCGGUGGGAGACUGCUUCAGGAAGCAAUACGAGGACCUCAUGGGAGAAUAGAUGCGGGUGAACUUCUAUGGAAAUUUCGGGAAUAACGGGAAAUUCGGGAAAAAGCAUUUUGUUUUUAUCUUUUUAGAUUCAAACUGUGUAAGUUUAGUUCAAAUGUGAAAUUAAAAAUGAUUACGUUUGUUGAUAUUGUUAUGUAUUUAGUACCCACGACAAAUAACGGAGUGAACAUUAUUGUAAUAUUUUUAUAAAUAAUUGUUAUUAAUUUGUAAAUCAGUACAAAAAUAUAUAAAUUUAAACUAAAAUAUAUGAAAAUUAAGUAUUGCUCAAGAUAUGAAUGCAAAUUGACACCGGAAUGUAAAAAAUCUCAAUUUGUAACGACGAAAUAGCACAUACCUACAUAUCUAGAUAUAAAGUAUUUGCUUAAACAUAAAUAAAAUACAAAAUAUUUUCCAAAUCAAUUUAUGAAUUCGAAUUUAGAAAACAAUAUAUUUUAUAGUAUACGUAGUAGUCUGUCAAUAAAGUGAAGAAGUGAAAGGAGGGCCCUGUCCCCUGUAGGCUAGCAACAUCGACCAAUCUCGACCAUUUGGUAUUCAUCAUGUCUAUUUGGUAUAAGGUAUAAAUCUCUGUUUGGUAUUUCAAAGGCAAAAAAUGUAAUUUGUUAAAUAGGGGUUAGUGCGGGUUAGCAUUUCACUUCUCACUAUCGAAUCUAUUCGAUGUGAGACGCAGCGAACCAAUGACAUUGCAGUGUGGUUGUCGUUGCGUCACUAUGGCGCAAUGUGAUUGGUUCGCUGUGUCUCGUUUCUAUGAAUCGAUUCUAUGGUGAGAAGUGCAAUGCUGAUCCGCAUUUCGCCCACACUUUUUAUUCACUUUCUUGACUGUGCAGACUUUCAUAAAAUUCGCACAAUAAUAAAAGCUUGUAUCAAAAAUAUUUUCAAAGAAACAAACACGAAAUUAUUUCGUAUUCGAGUAUUAAAUAUUUCAUAACAUAAAUAUCGUUGUCUCUGAACAAAUUAGGCAAAUUGUUAAUAUUUUCUUCGUAAUUUAAGUGGCCUUUCCAAGUAAACUUUUCUAUUUAAAUAUUUCGAUAUAGUUUAUGUAAGAUAAUAUGAAACGUUAAUAAAUUAAUUAGUUUA